AUGUCACAACAGAGCAACACUCGUCAGGAAAUGCUGGACAAUGCUGUUUCCUUUCUAACAGAUCCUAGUGUUGCAGAUACUCCUAUGGCAAAGAAGAUACAGUUUUUAGAGUCAAAGGGGAUGUCCAAUGCAGAAAUAAACCAAGCAUUAACUAUAGCCGCCACUCAACAGCAGACACACAAAGGCCCGCCACCGGCUCCUCCUAUUCCGGCUGGAGCAGGUGUCCCAAGCACAGGUGGCGGUUUAGGUGUAGCUCCCUUCCCAUACUAUGCCCCACCACCACCUCCAGCACCACGCUCCUAUGAUUGGAAGGAUUAUGUCAUUAUGGGUACAACUUCGGCGGGAAUUAUGUAUGGUGCAUAUCAAAUUGUGUCUAGAUACUUAUUACCGAAGGUUAUUCCUCCGUCUCAGUCAAAGCUAGACGAAGAUAAGGAAAGCUUGGAAAGGGAAUUCCAACGGGUUGAAGCUGUUCUUGAACAAUUGGAAAAAGACCAAAGUGAGUUCAUCAGUAGACAAGAUGAAAAAACCAAGCUGAUCGAUGAAGCAUUGAUGGAAGUAGAUGCAAUUGUGAAGGCUACCAACGAGAAGAACUUGAGAAAUGAGGAGACAUUGAAGUAUUUAAAGUUAGAGGUUGACAGUAUCAAGACAACAUUACUGAAGAACUUGGAAGCUCAAAAGAGCACCAUUUCCAGUGAACUAAAAGAGUUGGAGGAGAAAACAGAUAACUUGAUAUCCUUUAUUGAUAGCAUUGACUCGAAGAAGGAAACGGAAGGAUACAGGCAAUCAGGCACUGAAAUCCCAAGACCUUCACCAUCACCACCUGCUAAUUUGCUGACUAACAAUCGCUCGACAUCAAGCGUUAGUGUUCCAACAGAGCCCAAGUAUGAACUUGAUAUACCACCACCAUCUAGUGUGCCAUCUGCUAAGGAUAUAUUAAAUGAAAACUACAAGUCGACUUCCAGCACUUCGUUGCCGCCGCCAGCAGAGGUCACAACUACGGAACCAAGUUCUAAUAUUCCUGCAUGGCAAUUAGCUUCUGCGCAAAAGUCGAAAAUAGGGAAUUCUGAUGCUUCAAUUCCAGCCUGGCAACUUGCUGCACAAGAUAAUUAG